AUGUCACUAAAUUCCCCCAACUUCACUGAGAACAACAAUGCAGCUUACCUAGCUAAUAAUAUUGCAAGUCAAUUAAAGAACGAAACUUGUAAAAAUGCCUUUCACUACAGCUCCACUCCUGGCACUAAGCCUAAUGUCACCGAAUAUGACAAGCUCAUGGAUGGUUGUGACAUAAAAGAGAAUCACACAGUUCAAGGGGUCAUAUUGCCUGUCUGUGUGCCCAAAUUAGACCCAUUUUUGGAUUCAAACUACACUCAGACUGGGAUUGGCUUUGAGGAUAAUUGGAUGGUGGUUGUUUUGAGCACUAACACAUCAGCCGGAAACUUUUCCGGUGCAGCUUCUUUGAUUGCAAAUGUCAGUAUGGGUAACUCCUUGGUGGCUUUGUUCAUUGGAUUUCUUGUUGUUUCUGCAGUGAGCUGA